AUGGCCGAAGUAGAUGAAUUCUCAGCUUUCCGUCACGAAAAUGACGUUUCAAUUGAACAACGUAUUGUUUAUUUCAUCAACUCUUUAAUUGUAGCUUUAGUCCCAGUUUAUUUAUAUCAUGCCAUCUUUUUCAUGUCAAUUGAUGAUCAUAUGAUUAUUUAUGGUUCAGUUACCCUUUUCGCCGCAAUUGUUCUCACUUUUGCCUACAAUAACAUUUACAGAAUGAAGAGAUUAAAAUUAUCAGCCAGCAGAGAACAUAUCUCAAUUGCAUCAAAGAAUAAAGUUGGUGAUAAAAAGAAAUUCGCAGCAGCACAAAAAGAAGUUCAAGCCCUCGUCACUUCACACGAAGCUAUCGCAGCAUCCAUCAUGUAUAAUAAUGCUGUUUUCUUAAUUUGCGUUUCAAUCUUUUCAUUCAUCAUUUUCAAAAAUGUUCCAUUAGUUUAUAAUUAUAUCAUCUCAAUUUCUUUAGGUGCUGGUUUAACCUCAUUUUUAUCAACUUCUUCAAAACAUUAA